UACGGAUGCGAAGUUCGUUGAAGUCCAGAUCCAAUGUAUGCGGGUAUGUUACGUAACACCUAUUACUUCGAAAGUAGUUUCUGAUGUGGAGGUUGAGCAUACGGUGUCUGACAAAGUAUGGGUAUGGUCCAAGUUCUUGAGAAAGGAAAUAUCUUUGGCAGGCCGGAAGCGUAUAUACGUCGUGAUGUUCAACAAGGAGACCUCUUUUGCAAAGUGUGACUGCAAACAUUUCGAGUGCCACGGCAUUAUGUGUAGGCACAUCAUUAAGGUGUUGGACGUGGAGGAUGUGGAAAAUGUGCCUGCUGGAUAUAUAGUUGACCGAUGGAGGAAAGAUAUACAACGCAAGCACACUCUUGUGAAGGUUGCUUAUCAUGAUCCCGAGAAAACAGAAGAAGUUAAGCGCUAUGACCGGAUUAUGAAUGCGGUGGAACCUGCUGCCCUCCGUGGAUCACUUUCCGAGCAGAAGUUGGAUUUGGUCAUAGAAGGUAUUAUGAAUAUUGUGUUACGUCUUGAUGAGAGUGAUGCUCUUUCAGCAGUUGGUGAUAACGAAGCUGGUGCACUGACUUCCGGGGGGAACAGGAUGGCGAUUGUUGGUCCUACGACACCAGGCUCCGUUAACAAACCUCCAAACAGCGUUGGGGAUGAUACUACCACACUUACCCCCCCUAUUAUGGUUAAAGAUCCUGUUCCGCGCGGUGGUUUAAAGGCUCACAGGACUCGUGAAAAAAGAUUUUUACAACCAGGUGAGAAUAAAAACCCCACAAGGAAGCAAGUUAGGAAAAACAAGAGUGUUGUACCACAAGACUUUCCAGAAACCAGCAAUUGUCAGAACACUUGCCUUCCUCAACACAACUACGUGCAGCCGCCAAACACCUUCCAUCCUGGUUGGGGAUCCCACGAUCAAUAUGGGUAUAGUGCUGAUUACCCGCCUCAAAUGGCUGGGCAAGUAAGGGGGACUAUGGUAUACCCUCAGCAGAACUACAACAAUGGGGUAUCUGUUCAACAGUUUCAGUCAUCUGGAAGAGUAAGUGGAGUUGUUGCCACAAAUUUGUUUCCCUCAGGACAGACAGAAAUUCGCAUGUCUGUGGGUGGGAUUCGUAUGACCCCGGAGGGUGGUGACGUACUUUUGUCCCAAGACCGUUGUGGUAUAUCAAUGUCACAAAACAUAUCUGGUGGUCCAAUUGCCCAAAACCUAUCCGGUUUACACAUGUCCCAGAACAUUAAUGGUGUGCAAAUGUCGCAAAACUUGAGUGGAGUGCAAAUAUCUCAGAUGUCGCAAAUGUCCCAGAAUGCUGGUUCCAUUCGUUACUUCACCAGUAACAGCAGCAACAGAGGUGGAAAUUAUCAAGAGGCCGGGACUCAUUGUAUGCCUGCAAAUCAUAACCAGCACCGGCAUAGUUUCCAGGUUGUGAACGAAACCUCCCAUGGGGAUCACCGUAGUUAUCAACCAACUACUAAACACUUGUUGCAGUCCAAUCCGGGUUUUUUAGUCAAUGAGGGUGGGUGUGGAACGCAUUCUAUACAUGGCGCCAGUGGUAAUCCAGUAUUCACUCAAGACCUGCUCGGUUGUCAUGACCUUACGAAGAAUUAGAAUUGAUUUCCAUGGUGAAAUCCACCCAAUAAAUCUACCUUUGUGGUACGUUAUUUGAAGUUGAUUGACUUCCAUCCAAUAAGUCUGAAUUAUGGCGUGUUACCAUAUGUGCAUUCCUCUGUAACCAUAUGAUUCAAUUUGUAACCCAAUUUGGGGUUUACAGGAUGUCGUAACUUAAAUAAGGUUACUUUAGAUACUUUCGUAAACUGAAUUUUCAUAAUUGACACAGAACU